AUGAGAGCAAAGGGUAAAUUGGAUGGAGCAAAAACCCAAACAGAGGUAAUUGUACUCCAACGUCCAACCCGCCUAAACUCUGAAGCAAACGAAAUAAAAGAGGUCAGGCGCAAGUCAGGCCGAAAUGUUCUCAAUCACUGCUAUUAACGACACGGACUCUAGAGGCCAAUGGGAACCAUUAGCGCCUACUAAAGAAGCCCAGGAAUUUCAUCUUUCACAAACUUACCACGAAGGACUUCUCAAGUUACAGUCUAAAGAAUUUGACAAGGCUCGAGAAUUGUUAGAAUCUGUUCUAAAAAAUCCUCUGAUUUCCAAUGCUCAAGUGGAUGGUAAAGCCAGUGAUGGUCAUCUGUUGCAGCUCAGAUUUUUGGCAUUGAAGAACCUUGCUGCUGUUUUCCUUCAACAAGGUUCUGGUCAUUAUGAGAGUGCACUACAUUGUUAUCUUCAAGCUGUAGAAAUUGACACCAAGGAUUCUGUUGUUUGGAACCAGUUAGGAACAUUGGCAUGCUCAAUGGGUUUACUGAGUAUUUCACGUUGGGCAUUUGAGCAAGGGCUUUUGUGCAGCCCCAAUAACUGGAAUUGCAUGGAGAAACUAUUGGAAGUCCUCAUUGCUAUUGGUGAUGAGGUUGCAUGUCUUUCUGUUGCAGAGUUAAUUUUGAGGCAUUGGCCAUCACAUUCUCGUGCCUUGAAAGUGAAAAAUACUAUAGAAGAGUCAGAACCAGUUCCAUAUGCUCCAAGGGGUAUAGAUAAGUUGGAACCUAAACAUGUGCGACUUAAAUUUCUUGAUAAGAGAAAAGCAGCAGAUGAAAAUCUUGAUGAAGGUCUUGCUCAUAAAAAGCUAAACCAGAAUAUAGAACUGUGCAUGGCAGAAGCUUCCUGGGCAGCUCUGGCUGAUGCACUCUUGGAAAUCCUACUUCCAUUGAAUAGGUGUGAUUCUGAGAUGGGAGCUGGGAAAGGAUACAGAUCAGGUGAUAUAAGAUUAGCUCUACACUUUCCUUCCAGUUCAGAAAUAGCCAUGGAGAUCAGGGAAAAGAAAGGAGUUAACACAACCCAAAUGGUUGAAAGCAUGCCCCUUGCUGAGUGUAACUCUGAAAGAAGAAGCAUCAAUAAAGAAAAGGAAGCGAAUCUUUUUGAAGAACAACCAUUGGAGAGGCGGAGUACUCGUCUAGAAAGGCUUAGGAGUCGUAAACCUGGGAAAGAAGAAGUAGAUUUUAGUACCGACAAGGAUCUGGCCAAAGAUGUCAUUCAAUUUCUUGAAUCUUUUAUCAUGGGACCAGGAACUAAAAAUGGUGAUCAUGCUAAUUGUGUGGUUUCCUGCCCUGAUCAAGGUAAUUCAUUGCAGACUGAAUGUCAUGAAGUUACUAAAUUUGUGAGAGAAACCUCAAAUAAUUAUGGUGCGUACCAUAUGGGUCACUUGCUUCUAGAACAUGCUGCAACUAAAAGCCUUAUGUGCCAUGAUGCAAUUUUCAAAUUUUUAGAGUUGGAGAAGUUGACCAGACAUUGGGGUCAGGAUAGGAGCCCUGAAUGUAGUCUAUUUUUUGCUGAGUUGUAUUAUGACCUUGGGUCAUCUCCUUCCAAUGUUUCCAAGCGAUCUGAAUUCAUGUCAGAGGCAUCCUAUCAUCUCUGUAAGAUAAUUGAAUCUGUAGCUUUGAAUUAUCCUUUUCACUUGACUAGCAUAUCAGGGAAUGGAAGUUGCUAUUUAAAGGAGAGGUUACAAGAUGCUGAUCGAGUAUCAACUUCUAAUUCAAUUUUCCAGGAUUCACUUGUCGACAAUUCCUUAUUGAGCAAUAAAAGUUCCCUCUGGGUUAGGUACUUCUGGUUGAAUGGGCAAUUGUCUCUUUUGGAUGGUAACAAGUCAAAAGCUCAUGAACAAUUUUGUAUUUCCUUGUCAUUGAUGGAAAAAAAAGGAAAUAUGAAGAAUUCUCUACGUUUGAUCCACCUGCCACACUGCAAAAUCAUUAAAGAGUUAAGUAUUGAAAGGAUUCUUCAUCAAAUUAAUUUAUUAGAGGUUGAUUUCUUGCUGGAGAAGACUCUAGGUGAGAUGAUUGAGAAGGAAAUGUAUAUGGAGUGUGUGAACCUGCUUUCUCCACUCCUAUUUUCGGCCAAAAAUGUUUACCUUGAUCUAUUACCUUCACCUGCUGCUGAUGAAAAAGAGGAAGGGAUUACAUCUGUUGAACUAUCAGCUUUAGACAUGUUAAUUAAAAUGUGUAAGAAGACAAAGCCAAUGAACAGCGAGGUGUAUCUCAAAUGUCACUGGCGGAAGUUGCAAAUAGUUAUGGCUGUUUCUGGUAUGGAUGUCAGUAUUGCUUCAUGCAAACACUUCCAUCAGAAGUCAGGGUCAAAAAGGCAUUCUUCUUCAGAUAUAGUAGCAAGGGAAAAUUCAAUCAGGCAUUGGAAUCACUUGGUUGCGGAGGAAGUGAAGGCAAUUCUGCAAUGUGUAUCACAAGUGAAGAGCUUUAUUGAGCAAUCUGGAGAUCCUAAUGGCUUUGUUGUUCCAUUGAGCAGCAUUUCUGAUAUUCAAUCAUUGCUGCUGGCAGUCAUGUGCAAUGUGGCAAGCAAUUUUCUCUGUAAGAAAUCUUCUGGUCCGGUAAUUGUUGAUCAAACUGACCAGAAGGUAGAAUGCUGCUUUGUUGAUGCAGCCACUGCUUUCUGCAAGAUUCAACACCUUAACCCUACAGUACCUGUUAAAACUCAAGUUGAUUUAAUUGUGGCAAUCCAUGACUUGCUUGCUGAGUAUGGGCUCUGCUGUGCAGGCGAGGGUGGUGAAGGGGAAGAAGGAACAUUUCUUAAAUUUGCAAUAAAACAUCUCUUUGCCUUGAAUAUUAAACUGAAAUCUAACAUGAACUCUUCAAACAAGGAAAAGCCAGAACAUGGCCAGCAGCUUUCUCCUAAUACUCAUGUCAAAGCACCUCAAGCAUUGAGAUCAGAUGCACUGGAUUUGGAAAUGGGUGGGGCUGAAACCAGUGGAAAUAUUGCUGUGAAGAAGGAUGAUUCUGAAAGGAUUACUUCCAGUGACACGGCAUGUCUUUUGAGCAUAGAGAAAAAAAAUUCACAAGUAGAAUGUGAAUGGCAUGAUGAUGAUGAUACUAUUAAAAAAGGAGAAAAAAAUAGUAAUGAUGUUGAUUGUGGAGAUGAACUCACUGAAUCUGAAAGGGAGGAACUUGAACUAACACUUGAUAAUGCUUUGGAACAGUGCUUUUUCUGCUUAUAUGGUCUAAAUCUUAGGUCUGAUUCCUCCUAUGAGGAUGAUUUAGUAAUGCACAAGAAUACUAGUCGUGGAGAAUACCAGACCAAGGAACAAUGUGCUGAUGUUUUUCAGUAUGUACUGCCAUAUGCUAAGGAUUCUUCUAGAACUGGGUUGGUCAAACUUCGUAGAGUGUUAAGAGCUAUACGCAAACACUUUCCACAACCACCAGAAGAUGUUUUGGCUGGAAAUGCGAUAGACAAAUUCUUAGAUGAUCCUGAUUUGUGUGAAGAUAAACUCUCAGAUGAGGCAGGAUAUGAUGGGUACCUUGAAAGCGUAAUGAAGACAAUAUUCCCUGAUAUGGGAAACCUCAAACAUUACAAGCUACCAUCAUUUGGGAGCUCUGAGCCAUAUUUGGAGGUAUAUCACAACUUGUAUUAUUUUCUAGCUCAGGCGGAGGAGAUGAGUACAACUGAUAAAUGGCCUGGCUUUGUACUCACAAAAGAAGGGGAAGAUUUUGUACAGCAAAAUGCUAAUCUUUUCAAAUUUGAUCUCUUGUACAAUCCUAUGCGUUUUGAGAGUUGGCAAAGACUUGCAAAUAUAUAUGAUGAGGAGGUAGAUUUGUUGCUAAAUGAUGGUAGUAAGCACAUAAAUGUAACAGGAUGGAGGAAAAAUGCUACUUUACCUCAGAGAGUUGAGACAAGUCGAAGGAGGAGUAGGCGUUGUCUAUUGAUGAGUUUGGCUUUGGCAAAAACGUCAGCUCAGCAGUGUGAGAUACAUGAGUUAUUGGCAUUAGUAUACUAUGACAGCCUGCAAAACGUGGUACCAUUUUAUGAUCAACGAUCAGUCAUUCCCUCUAAGGAUGCUGCGUGGAAGACGUUCUGUGAAAACUCAUUCAAACAUUUUAAGAAAGCCUUCGUCCACAAGGAGGAUUGGUCAUAUGCAUUUUAUAUGGGGAAACUCAGUGAAAAGCUUGGAUACUCACAUGAGAUAUCAUUAUUAUAUUAUGAUAAGGCUAUUGCUUUGAAUCCGUCAGCUGUGGAUCCUAUCUAUAGGAUGCACGCUUCUCGCUUAAAGUUGCUUUGCACUUUUGGAAAACAGAAUUUGGAGGCUUUAAAGAUAAUUUCGGUAUAUUCCUAUAGUCAAUCCACGAAGGAUGCUGUUUUGGACAUAUUUAGUAAAGUGAAUCCUGAAAUUCUGCAUUUGCCAGAAGUUAUAAAGGAUGGAAGUCCUCGUGCUGAGGAUACAAAAGUUAAGGAAUUGAUUCAAAUGGAAGAGGCUUGGCACAUGCUUUACAAUGAUUGCCUUUCUGCCCUGGAAGUUUGUGUUGAAGGGGAUCUCAAACAUUUUCAUAAGGCUAGAUAUAUGCUCUCUCAGGGGCUGUAUAAGAGGGGUGAAUCUGGUGACUUGGAGAAGGCAAAGGAUGAACUCUCCUUUUGUUUCAAAUCUUCUAGGUCAUCAUUUACGAUAAACAUGUGGGAGAUCGAUGGCUUGGUUAAAAAAGGAAGGCGCAAGAUGGCAGGAUUGACAGGGAACAAAAAGGUCCUUGAAGUUAAUUUACCUGAAAGUUCUCGAAAAUUUAUUACUUGUAUACGCAAGUACUUGUUAUUCUACCUGAAACUGUUGGAAGAGACUGGAGACAUCUGUACUCUUGAGCGAGCUUAUGUCUCUCUUAAGGCAGAUAAAAGGUUUUCGUUGUGCAUUGAAGAUCUUGUUCCAGUGGCACUAGGGAGGUACAUCAGGGCCUUACUUUCAUCCAUGAAUCAGGCAGAGGCUGCUGGUUCUAUUGCUGCAAGCAGUUCUGAGCAUCAAUUGGAGAAGAUCUUUGCUUUGUUCAUGGAACAGGGGAACUUAUGGCCAGAGAUAUGUGGUGCGCCAGAGAUCAAGAGUCCAGAAAUAUCAGAAAGCAGCCUUUAUGGAUAUCUCCACCAAUAUAUUGUAUCACUGGAAAGGAAGGGCAAGCUGGAAACUCUCGAGGCAAUAAAUGAGAAGAUUCGAAAGCGUUUCAAGAAUCCAAAGUUGUCUAAUAGUAACUGUGCAAAAGUCUGCAGGCAUGCAUCUGUUGCUUGGUGUCGAUGUCUUAUAGUUAGCUUGGCGUUGAUCACUCCAUCAUAUUCUGUGCCCACUAGUGAAAUUCAACCUCCUAACUCAUCAGACAAUGGUGUGGAAAAUAGGCAGUUGCUUUGUGUUGAUCUACAAACAAAUGAGAUAUGGAAUUCAUCAUUUGAGGACAAAACUCACUUGAAAAUUCUUGAAACAAAGUGGAAUCUGGUGUUGUCGAAAAUUAAGAAUAUAAUAAUCAAGAAAGCUUUGGAUGAAAAUUUAGACACUGCCAAUUCUUUACUUAAAAGUUCUUACAAUUUCUAUCGGGAGAGCUCCUGUGUAACACCUGUGUCUGGUGUUAACCUUUAUUUUGUGCCAUCUUGGUUAGCAACAGAAGCACAAUUUCAGCCAGGGACUGAUGGGGUCGAAAUUCUUGAUCUAAGCAUUCCUCGGAAGCUUCUUUUGUGGGCUUACACAUUGUUACAAGGCCGUUGUGCAAACAUCUCAGUUGUCGUAAAGCAUUGUGAAGAAAAUGUGAAGUCGAAGAUGAAAAAAGGACUUGGAACUUCUUCUGUGUCAACAACGGCAAGCAUACAGAUGACUAUCACUACUCAGACAGGUGGUGCUAAAGAUGGAACUUGCGGUGGAGGAAAUGAAACAGAGGAAGCCCCAGUUACGAUUGCGGGAUCUGUAUCUGCAUCUGCCUCCACUCCCACUCCCACUCCCACUUCCACUUCUGCCCCUACCUCCACCUCCGCUUCCUCUUCUCAUUCCCCUGCUUCAGGAUCCAACUCUACAUUAGUGUCCACUAGCGAGAGCUCGCAAUAUGUGUUGGCACUGCCUUCUACUAUUGAGAAUCAAAAGAGCUUACUUGGUCCAUCCAAACUGCUUAAUCUUGAGGACAACAAUGCAGACAAAAAUAAUAAUCUGAUGCAUGAAGGAGGAGAUGAUGAAGACAAAGGCUGAUUCUCAUGUCAUUGUUGAUUGUUUUAUGUAAAAUUUUUUUACUGAACACGUUGAUUUGCAAAUCAAUCCCACAUGUAAUUGAAAAUCUAAUUUUUACUUCUGUAAGAAAGGAAAGAUGUAGAGACUAGUGAUAUAUAAUGCUUUUCGGAGUUGUGUAAUUAGGAA